UUCUCACAUCUCUUUUGGGUGGGUUUUCAGUCACAGUGCAGCAGAUUUUGUAGAAGCAUUCAUUCAGAUGAAGAAGGACGAUUGGUUAUCCGCUGCGUUAUCCGAUGAUUCGGUGGUGGUGGAGCUGCUUUUCCGACUCAAACAUCACCCAUCUUCUUCUUCUACAUCUCAGUUGCGUAAUAGUACUACUCCUCCGCCGCCGCAGCCGACGACUACAGCGGCGGCAAAGGGUGGUUUGCAUCUGAGACUGCCGUUGAGUGGUUGGGGUCACCGUCAGCCGAGGUCGAAGCCGUCAUCUAUGUCAGUUAAGAAAGCGUAUACCUCCACUACCAGGUGUAGCCCUAUAACGCCGCUUUCCUGGAGCGGCGGCGCUGGUUCACCUAGUGACGACGGCUAUGAUGAGUCUAGCCGUCCACCGUCUUCCGAUCUAUCAUCCGCCUUCAGAUCCAAGGGCACUUUCACUAAUGAAACAAGUAAUAUUAGCAGCAGCAGCUGCAGCAAAAGAUCAAAGAAGAAAAGGACAUUCACUCAACUUAAGGAGGAAGAAAACUUACUUCUUAAAGAGAGGGUACAUUUAAAGAGGGAACUAGCAUCGAUUCAUGUGACCCUCAACGAACAAAGAGCUAAGAGCGACAACUUUAAAAGAAUCAAGUUUGAUUUGAAUCUACAAACCUCAAAUGAAAUGGCUGCAGAAUCAGCAUCCAAUCGAUGCAACAACCUGCUAACUCACUGUGCUGAUUCAGUCUUGUCAAGACACACAAUGGAUGAUGAUGACAUGGUAUCAUCUGAUUCACGUCGGUUAGAAAACUCUAGUGAGAAUCAGAAUAGAGGCUUUUUUCUACCUGAUCUAAAUGCAAUGCCCUCAGAGGAUGAAAUUUGCACACUAUGGAAUUAGACUUUGGUCGUCAGAAGGACAAACAACUGAUGUUGUCGACCUUCUCAACCGAAACAACUAGCUGCGAUAAAUCAGGGUAUCAGCUUCUUGCACGAGCGUAGGAGCUGUUUGUAAAUUACAGGAAAGAGAUCUUCUUCAGGCUGAGGCAAAGUCUCAGAUGCAAUGACUCUAUUUUGCUGUUUGUUGACAGGCAAAUUGGAAGCUGUUGAGUCUAUGAAGAAGGUUUUUAAGGAUAGUAUAGAGAUCUUUACAGCUGAUAUGUAGAAACCUUUGAAAGAUUUUGCAGAUUUUUCCUGCUAGUUAUUUUGUUCUCUUUUUUCCCCCACAUAUAUGUUACUGCCUUUUAUUAUCUGGAACAUAAAUGAAUCGUUUAUUCUUUCCA